AUGGCGUCUCUGCAGCGCGCGUCUGUGAGCUUUAAUAGGCCGGGCCACAUUCCGUUUGGCGCUGUGCAGGGAUACGCCCCGGGUGGCAUCCCGGCGUACAGUAACAAGCAUGAUCACUACUUCUCCGGCGAGCGCAGUGUGGAGGACAACAUCUUCUUCGGCUUCAAGUACCAGUGCGUCGAGUUUGCGCGCCGCUGGCUUCUGGCGCGCAAGGGGCUGGUGCUGCCCGAUGUGAACUGGGCCUGCCACGUUUUCCAAUUGAAGGAGGUGAGGGACGCCGCCACGGCGGAGAGCUUCGCGGUAUUGCCAGUGCGCAACGGUGCUGAGGCGAAGCCGGAGGCCGACGCGCUUCUCGUCUACCCCUCCACCGAUACAAAUCCCGUUGGCCACGUCGGCGCCAUCACCGAGGUGGGCGAUGACUACGUAUGUGUCGCGGAUCAGAACUACCGCUUCCACAAGUGGGAGUCCUCCUACGCGUACAAACUGAAGCUUCAUCACAGGGACGGCAUCUGGACCAUCAUCGAUGACAUUGACGCGGACGAAAUCGAGAUCCCGCUUGGAUGGGUGACGUUUCCUGGCCGCGAGAACCGGCCGGAAGGGGCGCCGCCGGUGGCGCUGCAUCCGUCACUGCACUUUAAUGAGCCGCCAAAACCGUAUCUGCUGCGCCGUAACUUUGUGCCGACGGAGUCCAAGGCGAACUGGCUCGACAUGAACAACCCGGCGGAGCGGCUAUUCGUAGAGGAGUUUGGCAUGGAUGUCAGCCGUACCCGGCUGGAGGAGAAGGUCGUCAGCUACUACGAGUCAAAUCACGAGUUCCAUCUGCGGUGCGUCGCGUACGGAACGCAGCUGCACGCCAUCUUCAUGGAGGCAACCGCGCAGGUGAUCGAGAGCGAUGAGAAGCUCCGACUCUUUUCCAUUCCUGAGGAGUUCUGGCCCCGCAUCCGCCACUCGUGGAGGUACCAGCAGACGUACAUUUCUGGUCGCUUCGACUUCGCCUUCAACAACGAGACGGGCGAGGUCAAAUGCUUCGAGUACAACGCCGACAGCGCGUCGACGCUGCUAGAGUGCGGCCGCAUUCAGCAAAAGUGGGCCGAGUCGGUGGGGCUAGACAAGCAGGGCACGCGCGGCUCCGGCUUCGCGGUGGAGCGCAACCUCAAGAGGGCGUGGGCCAACAGUGGGGUGACUGGCCGCGUUCACUUCUGCGUGGAUGAGGAGAAGGAAGAGCAGUACACGGCCCUCUACUGCAUGCAGGCCGCUGAGGCGGUCGGGUUGGAGGGCAAGCUGUGCAUCUUGUUUGAUGAGUUCCGCUUUGAUGAUAAUGGCCACAUUGUCGAUAGCGACGGCGUGCGCGUGCGCCAUGUGUGGAAGACGUGGAUGUGGGAGUCGGCCAUCACGGACUAUUACGCCGCCCGGGAGGAGCGGGGCGAGAACUGGAAGCCGUCCCCGAAGGACAAGGUGCGCCUGUGCGACUUGCUCCUCGGCGAUGACUGGGAAAUUCUCUACUUCGAGCCGAUGUGGAAGGUCAUUCCGAGCAACAAGGCUAUCCUGCCCAUGAUCUACCACAACCACCCCGAACACCCCGCCAUCUUGAAGGCGGAGUAUGAGUUGACUGACGAGCUGCGCAAGUGCGGGUACGCCAAGAAGCCGAUUGUCGGCCGCGUGGGCAGCAACGUGACCAUCACCUCCGGCGACGGCGCGGUGCACGCUGAGUCCGGUGGCAACUAUGGAACGCGCAACAUGAUUUACCAGCAACUGUUUGAGCUGAAGAAGCAGGAUGACUACUACGCCAUCAUUGGCGGCUGGAUGAUCGGCGACGCCUUCAGCGGCACCGGCGUCCGCGAGGACAAGUCAGUCAUCACCGGCGUCGACAGCCCCUUCGCCGCCAUUCGCAUCAAGAUGGACAAACUCCCACACCCCGUGACGCACAAGGAUAUCGACAAGAUGGCCGAGGACGAGUAG